GGUGACGUUGAGAGUAGUUUUCGUCUAGCUAAGCGGAGCCUUCCACGUCACUGGCGUGUCCUAAAGCCAGAUCGUCGGAAACGCCAACGCGAGUUGUCAGCCUCGUCUCGUGGUGGAAAGUCGCGCGCGCUGAGAACUUGACACGAAUAACAACAAUUCUAGAAGUUAUGUCGGAUCCAAAUGCGAAGAUCACGGUGCAUUCACUGUCAGACCUCAAAAACACCUCCGACGACGCAAUCCCCAACUACCUUAACUCCCUCUCCUUCACGCAAUCUCACACCCUCGGCGACGUGCGCCUCGCGCUCGGCUACUCCGCCUUCGCCAUCUGCGCCGCCUGCUUCUGCUGGGACUACAAGCUCGGCUUCGAGUCGACAAAGUACUACUCCGCCGCCGCCGUCACGCUUUACACGCUUCUGAAUGGCGCGUUGACGCUGUGGGUUUGGCUCGUGGAGGCGGGGACGGUGUAUGUUGGGACGAGUAAGGCGGGCGAUAAGAUCGCCAUCUCCACAUCAACCAAAAAACACACCCCAACCUACACCCUAACCAUAACCUCCCAAUCCGCCUCCGCCCCCACCGCCACAACCACAACCCUCUCCUGCCCCUUCACAGACUGGUUCGACAGCGCAGGCCACUUCGUCGCGCUGCCGUUCCAGCAGAUGCUCGCCGGCGCCGCUCCCGUGAUAGGGAAAGCGGAUCCAGGGCGUGCCAGUGCGGGGGGUGCGGGGGCGGGGGUCGCGGCGUUGAGGGAGACGGUUGAGGAGGCUGUGAGGGCUAGUGGGAGUGCCGUAGCUGGGGGGGAGGGGGCGAGGGGGAGGAGGAAGAAGGCGUAG